GAUCAUUAUUCACUGAACGAAAUAUGAAGCGUGGGAGCUAUAUAAAUACAAAGGUUUUCCCAUAACCAUUCUUCAAUUCAUUUCCUCACCUUGCUUCCUUCAUUCAAUCUCUUACACACCCUGCUACGCACAAUCCACCAUGUCUUCCUUACAACCACCACAGCCCACUCCCACAAUAACCAGCUUCGCAAAGCACACCAUGGGCCCCUCUCUACAACGCUACCUCGACAUCAAAGUGCACCACCUCGUAUCUUCCCAACCUUGGACCGAAAUCGAAGUCGUAGGCCACCACAUCCGUUCCGCUCCAGCCAUCAUCUACAACGGAGAAAAAACCGGCAAAUCGUUCAACUAUCAACGACCCACCGCCACAAUUCUAGGAGAGGGAAAAUUGCGCAUCAAUUGUUUUCCAGGGAGAGAUUACGUAAAGCAUUAUGCUAAUAUCGUAGCAACGCAUCUGGCGAUCGAGGGCAAAGAUCCGGGAAUCGUGAAAAUUACACUACCUCGGGAAAACGAAGGGUAUGAGCAAUUCAUGAAAUCGAAUCUGAGGGGUCUCGCGACGGACGAAACAAACUUGGUCAUUGUAGGAUCGAUUUCUCGAGAUAUGUUGAGAUCUACCGAGCCGUGGAGAGAUGAAGAAGAAGAGAAUGAGUUGUUUUCAUGGCAGACGACUACGAAGGGAAACGGAUUCAAAGUCACGAUCUUGAAGUGUCGCACGAGUUUCUGGGGCGAUCUAGCCGGGGAUCUCGUGAGAUGCUUGAAGGAAAUCUGUGGACUUUCUCUGCAAUGCGUGAUCUAUGUGGGGAAACUCGGGGCGUUGGCCCCCGAACAUACGCCUAAUAGGACGUUAGCGACGGGCGCGAAGAGUUUCGUCAAUGGACGGGUUGUCGAGUGGGAAAAUCCGAUUAGGGAGGAGAUCCUGGGGAGAGUGGCGAAGGGGACGCAUUAUACGUCGGCGUCGGUGUUGGAUGAGGACCACGCGUGGUUUGCACAGGCGCGAAAGGGGUUUUGCUGGGUGGAUCCCGAGAUUGGACAUAUGGCUACGGCGGCGGGGGAAUGGGGGGUAAAGUUUGGGUUUCUGCAUGUGGUGUCGAAUAAUUUGGCGGGGAAGUUUGAAUUUGAUUUGGCGAAUGAGAGGGAGAGGGUCGUGGUUAAUGAUAGAAUACUGAUGAAUAAGUGGAUUGAUAGAGUUUUGAAUGACUUUAUUGAAGAGUCGGAUCGGAAAUUGGGGGAGAGCCAAUAAGACUUGUAGUUAUUGGUGGUUAUCGAAGUUGGAGUAUAAUGUAAUUUUUUGCAUAAUUCAUAUCAAAUUUCAAAAGUGUAGUGCAGUGUCGAAAAGUUACCAUGAUACA